AUGCCUUGGCUCGACAAGGACGAGGUCAACCAGCUCCUAUCGCUGCCAAACCCACAGGCCACCCUCGAAGCCUGCGCCACCGUCCUCCUCCUCUGUCUCACGGAGCUGUUCGACGGCACCUCGCGUGUGUGGAAAUGGCAUCUCAAGGCGGCCGGCACCCUGCUCACCUCCGCCGGCGUCCAGACCCUCGAAGCCACCCCCGAGGGCCGCUUCUGCCUGCACCUCUUCCACUACCUCGACUCCAUGUCGACCAUCUCCCGCUGCAAGCCGCCGCUCCUGCACGACGGCGACAGCCUGACCGACCUCACCGCGGACAGCGGGCCGCCGCGCAGCCUGCCCACCGCCCCCGGCGACGCCAUCUGCGGCAUGGCGCCCGCGCUGCUCGACUUCCUGGGCAUGGUGAACCUGCUCGCCGCGCACCGCAGCCGCCGCGUCGACGAGCUGUCCGAGAUCGGGUUCCGCGCUGCCGCCGCCCACGUCCAGAGCCAGCUGGACGCCUGGCGCGCCGACUACGAGAGCACCAGCUGCGCCGCGCUGCCGGACCGCGAUGCUGACCGCGCCACCACGGCCUUCGAGUGGGCCGUCCGCCUACGCCUGCACCAGAUCGUCAACGGCUACGACCCCCGCCACGCCGCGGUCGAAAACGCCAUCACGACCAUCCUCGCCGCCGUCCUGGCCAUCCCCUACGGCAGCCCCGUCGAGGGCAGCCUGCUCUUCCCGCUCGUCAUCGCCGGCGCCAGCAGCACCACCAUCGAGCGCCGCAUGAUGGUCAAGGAGCGGCUGAUGGUGAUGGAGAACACGCUGGGGUUCGGGCACAUCCCACACGCGCGCCAGCUGCUCGAGACGGUGUGGGCGGAGGGCACCGAGUGGAACUGGGCGCGGGUGCGGUAUAGCCAGUUCCCGGGGAUGGUGUUCAUCUGA